AUGUGUUUUUGUCAACCCUGUAUAUUAAUUUGUGGUACAAGAGAAUUCCAAGGUAGACCCAUAAAUAUAGAAGGCUAUCCCGAACCACCAAAUAAAAUAAUAUGCCCCUAUUGUUCAAAUGAAGGACCAGCAGUCUAUAAAACAGAUGAUAAUUAUUUUUCAUUUUGUUUUAUUCCAUGUUGUUUGAUAGGAAAAUCAGAACCAUUUUUGGUAUGUUCAAGAUGUUCAUUUAAACUCGGUACAAACGAAUAUAACGAGUGUCGAUGUGGAACAUCUGUUUUCAAAGAUCAGAAGUAUUGUCAAAAUUGUGGUACAAAUAAUGUCCAUGCUAAUUUAAGAACUUAA